GAGCACCAUCCUUCACGUUACCUACUUCUGCUUUCACACUCUCUGUUCGAUUCGUUUGUUUCUUCAAGGAAAUGAGUUGGUCAUCGAGUGAUAAUUUUUUUGUGAAUGCAAAGUUAGAGGUCUUCUCAGUAAAACUCUUUUCCAAACAAUUAGAAUUGACAAGGACCAAAGGUGUCAUCUACGAUGGGCCCAAGGGUGAUGAUUUUAAGAGGUUCUUGCGUUCUAAGAACUUUCGAGUAAAUCGUCAAGGAAAGGUUAUUGUAAGCAUCCAAAAGCUCGACGAUGAUGGUGAAUACCUCGAAUAUCAGUAUGAUAACUUCGUUCUAGAAAUGGUGGUCCCGUUGGGCACCUUUGGUUUUCCAAACGUACCAUUGCCAAAGCAACUAGUGGAGAAUGAAUUGCAAAGCCACUUGGACAAUACCAAGGCUGAGUUGGCGAAGAAGAAUGAUGAGCUUAAUGAUUUGAAGCGGAAGAUUCACAAUUGGAAUCCUGAACAAUUCCGAUUGAUUAUGACUGCGAUCACAAACUCAAUGAAGAGAGUGUUCGUUGACUUUGGUCUUGAACCACCAGCAAAUGGAGAUCCAGAGGCUGUGCUGCGGUUUCUUGAGUUGUUACAUGAUCUGAUCCUUCACCAAGAAUUCGGUGCCACUUUCUUAGUUGCCGCGAAUGAGAUACUAGGCUCGAUGGCAAGCAUAUUUGAGAAACGCAGUGGCUUAAGCAUUGGCAUGGCAACAACGAAUAGUACUCCGAAUACUCCAUCCCGUCUCAUUAAGAAUCUGAGUACCUUAAGAGGCUUUCUGGUGGAUUCCCACUUCUUUAUUGAUGGCAAUGUUAUAGUGAGGGAUUUCCAUCUAAUGAAUGAGGAAGACCUCUUGGUUAUCUUUCGAGAUUCUGCAGCAAAUGUGGCCUGGCUUAAGCAAAAGGAGAUAGGUGUGAAAUCAAUCGAUAACAUCAACAGAAAAUCCAUCUUCUACGGGUAUUUCAACAUUCCAACGGUGGGUAUGUUCAAGGGUAUUUUAACAAGAGUUCAUGUCACCCUACCGGAUGAAAUUAUGGUGAAACUUCAAGUAGGCAAACAUACCCUUAAUGAUAAAAGGUUUUGGUUUGUCUAUGCCAAUGGGGCAGGUAUAUUUGAAAAGGAUCUUUUGAGUCCUAUUGAAAAUGAAAAUUUCACCCCUUCUCGGGUCUUAGGUGACCGGACCAACUUCUUUGAGUUUCUCCGUAGGAUGAACCGAACCUUUGUCAACGAGAAGGGAAUAUAUCUCAAGUUUGACUUUAUUGCUGCGAAGUUUUUAGAAAGGAGUUUUCUUGAUAGUACAGUACGCUAUUAUAAUAAGGAUGGUGGAAUGUCUGGUAUUUUUAAGUUGGUGCAAUUUGAUGUGAAUGAACCUACAGCAGAUUUCAUACGGCGAGAAGCUUAUAUACCUCUGUCAGUCUUCUCAAGUUAUGUGGAGAAAUAUCCACCCUCUUGGAUUGUGAAUGAAGCUCUGGGUAAAGACUGUGCUUUCACAUUCAAUGGCUUCUGUUUUAUAGGAAAAAUAACAAAAACGUUUGCUACUUUCCGUGAGAAUGCUUUGGUCAGUGUAUUCUUCGAACAAAGCCAACAUGGGGAGAACUGUUAUGUUGAUGCUCUAGCAACAACUUUCUUCGUUUUUAAAACAGAGAAAGGAACAUCAUGGAGUAGCAUUGAAGGAUCAACAUCUCCAAAAUUUGUUUAAUAGGUUUAAUAGGGCCUAUAGUUUAUUUUAGUUUAUUUUUUAUUUUGAGGCUAGCUUGAAUUGACUGGUUGCUCGCACUAUUCUAUCAGUUUGAUCGUGGCAUUGUGAUUUACUGGGUUUCCCAUAUCUAGUUAUUAUUAAUUGUUGUUAUUGUU